AUGGGCAUGGAGGUGGGACAGUACGAGAUGAUCGUCUACGAGUUUUUCCUGCGGUUCGUCGUCUCCAACGACGUGGACCCGAAGAUUGCCAAGCGCUUCGUGGACCAGAACUUCAUGAUGAAGCUGCUCGAGCUCUUCGACUCCGAGGACCCCCGCGAGCGGGACUACCUCAAAACGAUCUUGCACCGAAUAUACGGCAAGUUCAUGGCCCUCCGCUCGUUCAUCCGCCGUGCCAUCCAGCAUGUCUUCUUCAAGGUCAUCUACGAGUCCGAGGGCCACAACGGGGUCGGUGAGCUGCUGGAGAUCUUAGGCAGCAUCAUCAACGGCUUCGCGUUGCCCCUCAAGGACGAGCACAAGGAGUUCCUGCUGAAGUCGCUGAUCCCUCUUCACAAG